AUGUCUUCUCUUUUAUUGCUCAAAUCUAUGUUGUAUGCUAAUGCACUUCAAAAGAGUAAAAAGAAGAAAAACAGGAUGAAAAAGGCAUAUAAACCGCCCAAAAGAGAAAAAAUAAACUUAAUAAAUAUGUGCAGGAUAUGCAACAACGAAAAGGGAGAUAUUCCAAUAUUUAACAAUUUUAAUCAACCCAAUAUUCCUGAAGAAAUACAGAACUUUUCUGGCAUUCUUUUAAAUAAUGCUGAUAAUUUAUCAAAACAUAUGUGUCAAAGCUGUCUGGACUUAUUGAAUGGAUGUAUAAUGUUUCGAGAAAUGUGCCAGAGGAAUAACAAACACUUGAUUGAAAUUACUAUAAAACAAGAAUUCAAUCAAGACAAUGUAAAUUUAGAAGAAGAUAAUGAUCCAAAUGCUGAUAGUGAAGACUCAUACAAUGUCCCAUCACCAACAUUCUCCACAGAUAACUCGGAACUUCUAUCUCUGUGGAGGUGCAGCAAGUGUGGUGAAGAGUUUUAUGUUAUGUCUGACUACACCAAUCACAUAAACAAGUGUAAUGCUCAACCCUCACAAGAACCAAAGCCACCAGAGGAAGUAACUAAGAAGAAAUUCCUGUGUGACAUCUGUGGGAAGACUGCACUUUCUAAUGCAAGUCUAUUAAUACAUAAAGCCACCCAUGAAAAUGUGUUUCCCUACAAAUGCGACGUUUGUCCGUAUCAAGGUCGAACAAUGGACCUGCUGAAGGUACACAAGAGAUCUCAUUUAGCUGAUAAACCGUUCAAAUGCACGCAAUGUCCAAAAGCAACAACUACAUCCAGUAACCUGGCUAAACAUAUGCGACAUGUGCAUAGCACUACAAGACCAUACAAGUGUUCAUACUGCGAAAAGGCAUUCUCCUACCAACACGAUAUGAAAAGGCAUGUUAAAGAUAUACAUUUAAGGCAAGGCACUGUUGAAUGUGAUAUCUGUUGUAAAAAGUUUAAUACAAAAAAAAUUUUACAAGGACACAGAUGGAAAAUUCACAAAAUCAAAGGCGAAAGACAAGGUCGUCUGCCGUCGUACUUGCAGUGUCAAAUGGGAAAACCAAAUGAUGAAAACGAGAGUGACAAGGACAACUGUGAUCCAAAUUGUUAA